UGCCGCCGCCGCCGCCGCAGCCACAGCCGCCCGCUGCCGCCAUUGCUCAUUCACUCGUUCCGUUUAUUUAGUGCAUUCAACCCACGCGAAAUGCGUUUCAAGCAAAACCGGGUCGGUGUAGAUUCAUUCAUUCAGUACUAAUGAGACCUUAUAGUGGGAAGCUUGUGUUCGACUCACUAUUUUACACUUAUCGAUAUUAAGCUCGUGAAAAGCAUAUAUUUUUUAAGUUUGCCUAAAAAUGGCUGAAAACUACGUCGUCAAUGGUGUCCUUAGAUACAAAAUGGCGACAGUGGACAAGCUAUUCCAACCGGUGCAGAAGAAAACAGACGACACGGGCAACAAAGUAACGGUCGUGGGCACCGGUCAAGUGGGCAUGGCCGCUGUCUUCUCCAUGCUAACCCAGAAUGUGACCAACCACAUAGCGUUGGUAGACGUCAUGGAGGACAAGCUAAAGGGGGAAAUGAUGGACUUACAACACGGUUCCUCCUUUAUGAGGAACGCCAAAAUUCAAGCCAGCUCAGACUUCGCUGUCUCCGCUGGUUCCAAGAUUUGCAUAGUGACAGCUGGAGUCCGCCAACGCGAGGGCGAGUCGCGCCUGGACCUCGUGCAGAGGAACACCGACGUCUUGAAACACAUCAUCCCUCCGCUUGUCAAGUACAGCCCGGACACAAUUCUACUAAUCGCGAGCAACCCUGUGGACAUCCUCACGUACGUGUCAUGGAAGAUUAGCGGGUUGCCCAAGCACCGCGUCAUCGGGUCUGGCACAAACCUCGACUCCGCAAGAUUUCGAUACUUGCUCUCUGAGAAACUUGGUAUUGCUCCUACAUCUUGUCACGGAUACAUCAUUGGAGAACAUGGCGAUAGCAGUGUGCCUGUGUGGUCCGGUGUGAACAUCGCGGGAGUUCGUCUCGGCGACCUUAACCCCAAAAUCGGCGAGGACGACGACCCUGAGAAUUGGAAGGAGAUCCACGCGCGCGUCGUAAAGAGCGCCUACGAGGUUAUCAAAUUGAAGGGUUAUACAUCCUGGGCUAUUGGUCUCUCUCUCUCGCAGCUUGCGAGGGCCAUUGUUACGAACGCCAACAGCGUACAUGCUGUUUCUACAUACUUGAAGGGCGAACACGGCGUCGAAGAUCAAGUGUUUCUAUCCCUACCGUGCGUGUUGGGCCACAGCGGCGUGUGCGACGUCGUCCGUCAGCCUCUCACCGACGCUGAAAAGAACCUAUUACAGCAAUCCGCCAAACUGAUGGCCAAAGUACAAUCGGGCAUUAAUUUUUAAUUACACUCGUCUGCUUAAGUCUCAAUAGGGCAAAUGCACUUGCUUCUUGGAGAAAAAAGAUGAAAAUGAUGUGAUAGUUAGUUAGACGCACCAAAAAAGUCUUUUGGCUCGACAGAAAGGUGAUGGCUAUAUAAUAGCACGCUUGUCGUCUCUAUGUCGUUUUUACUACAAUUUUCGAAUGAAUAUUCUACUUCUAUUUUCAUAUUUCAGUAUUACUUGUAAGAUAUUCUUGAUAUGUGCAUUGACAUUUUUGUAAUUGUAUAAUUUGACAAAACAUACUGAUAUCAGUAAAACACAGUAUGAUAUACAUGACAGUACCUACAAUUGAACAAUCGCAUUAUAUACGUGAACCUAUUUUGUAGAAGUUCUAUUUUUCACAGUUUUCCAUUGUUUAUAAUAUAUUUUUAAGGACACAAAUUAUACAUACGAUUAAACCCUUUUAAAAUAAAUAUUUACGCCAAGUCCA